AUGCCCGCCCCUUCCACCACCCUCCUCAUUGAGGGCUCGUUCACCGAACUCGCCGAUGAGUUCGCCCAGUACAUCGAUGCUCUUCGCAAGCCCGACGCCGCCGCGUCCAGUCUCCAGGCCGACAUCGCCCCACUGUUGGAACCUCUGCGUCAGCAGGAACAGUCUGGUACCGAACCUGAUCGCAAGCAGCGCGAUGAGGUUCUGAAGAAGCUGGUCUCCGCCGCUGCCGUCCUGAAUGCGGCCCCCGAGAAGGAGAUCAUCUCCGCCUACAACCUCCUCGUCCACCUCGUUCAUCAGGCCUCCGAUCCGGACAUGUUCCUCUCCCGCAUCUGCUCCUACCUCGCCAAACCCAUUUCCGCCUCUCCCCAGUUCGGUCCCUCCCUGGCCAUCUCCAUCUUGUCCACCAUCUUCAACACCCUCGCUCCCACCGAUUCCAGCCGCUACCACGUUCUUCUGGCCAUCGUUGCCGUCAUCCGCCAGGCCGGUGCUUCGGUCGCAUUCGACGCCCUCAAGCCCCAGCUGACCUCCCAGCUGCCUGCUUGGCUCGCCGCUUGGGAGCUCGAGGCUGAGGAGGCCCAGCGCCUCCACCUGGCAAUCGCUGAUGCCGCUCAAGCUGCCGGUGACGCCGAGCUUUCCCAGUCCCAUGUCGUCCAAGCCCUGCAGACUAUCCCCGCAGCCCAGGCCUCCAGUUCCGAAGCCCGCGAUCUGGCCGUUCGUGCCCUGACUUCUGCGCUCACCUCUCCCGCCGUCUUUGACUUCACUCCGUUGACCGCUUCCGACGCCGUUCAGGCCCUGCGCGCCAGCGACAGCACCCUCUUCGAGCUGCUCGAGAUCUUCACGGCCGACACCCUUGACGCUUACGAGGCCCUCAUUGCCACCAGCCCUCUGGCUGGUAUCUCAGGUGGUGUGCUGGCCGAGGCCGGCGAUGCUCUGCAGACCAAGAUGCGCCUGCUCACCCUGGCCUCGCUGGCCGCUACUACCCCCUCCCGCUCUCUGCCCUAUGCCACAAUCGCCAAUGCUCUGCGGGUGUCGGACGAGGAUGUUGAGAAGUGGGUCAUUGACACCAUCCGUGCUGGUCUCGUCGAGGGUAAGCUUUCGCAGCUGCGCUCUGAGUUCCUCGUCCACCGCGCCACCUACCGCGUCUUCGGUGAGAAGCAGUGGGCUGAGGUGCAAGGUCGCCUGAUGGUCUGGCGCCGUAGCCUGGAACGCGUUUUGGGUGUUGUCCGUUCCGAGCGUGAGCGCUUCGUGCGCGAAGGGCUGCAGGCGGCCCAGGCGGCUGAGGAGGCUGCUCAGGGCAAGUCCUCCGAUAAGGGCAAGUCGGGUGACCGUCGUCGCCAGCAGGGUAACAACAACAACAACAACCAGAACCAGUCUUCGACCCCGGCCGCUCCUGUCGCCAGUGCACCCGUGGAAGCUGUGGUUGAGUAA